AUGUACCAGAACAUAUUUCAGAACUACAUGGCCACUCCCUAAAGACAAUACUAUCCAUAAUGUGUUCCUUAGUACUAUUAUCCUGUUUAAAACACAUCUUAUCCAUAAUACCAAAUAAUGUAGGCUCAGCCUGUUCUCAUUAUAAAGAAGAAAGAUGAUCAAAUAAAACAAGAGGAUAAUAUUGUUUAAACAAGACCUUAAAAGUCUGUUUCUAUUGUUGAUUUUGAGAAAACCUCCGAAUAGAUAUAAACACCUUCAGUUUAAAUCUAAUCCGAUGAUAAAGGGAAUAAUUUAAAACCUAAUUUGCUCGUGGACUCAACAAAUAUAUAAAAAAACUUCUCUAAAGCCAUAGUCCAAUAUGCUUUGAGAUAAAAAAAAACUGUGUACCAGAUCCUUGGAGAAGAAAAAGGAAAUCAAUUUCUGUUGUUCAUGAGCGAACUUGUAAAUCAGCUCAGAAAUCUAUUUCAUCUAGUGAAAUACACCCAGGAUGAAGAAUAUCUUAAAGCCAUAAGAAUUUUAGGUAAUAACUUUUUAAGGAAAGAAAGUACAUGUUAUAUUUAUAAUUCAAAAAUAAGAUAAAAAACCAGUCACAUCAAGCACAAAGCAAUAGUAAAAAAAGUCCUAUUAAAACUUUGA